AUGAGUAACAGCUCCGGACACUACUCGUCAAGCUCUUCUUCGGGCACUCGACGGUUCCCCGCGCCUAUAGGCUCCCGAAGAGGCGCUGGCGCUGGCGCAGCAAGCACAAACGCAGACGAUCCUUAUUCCUUGAACCCGCCUGACGGCAAGCGCCGUCCACUUUAUGACCGCGAGUUUUCGUCUGCGACGCUCGCGGCUGCUCUAGAUUCCAUGGUAUCCGGCACCGACGGCCAGAGAACUGCGCAGGAGGACGGGCAAGGGCGCAGACACCAGUCUACAUUGCAACUGUCACAGCAGCAACAACAAGUACAGCAGUCGCAGCAACAGCAGCAGCAUCCGCCUCAAACUCGCCCUCCGAACCUUCAUCACGCGUUCUCAACCCCUUCGUCCUCGUCGACGCAUGACGGUCACGUUCUACCUCACGCCGUCUCCUUUCCCGGUGCAAGUCCGUACGUCUCGACGCCCUCCGGGUACGGGUCACGCGCGGCAUAUGCGCCCUACCCCAUGUCGCGCGUAUCAUACGGCUACCCGAUGGAACAAGGCGUCCCGCACGUCACCUAUUCAUCGGGCGGCAUGAUGCCCGUCAUCCAUGCGCCGAUAUACCCGUCGUACGAAGGUGGAAGCCAGCCAAUGCCCUUCACAAGCAAUGCGGCCCAGUCCAUGCCGAUCUACGCAUCUUCACCACCGCUAUCGCCCCACCCGUCAAGUGCUCGGCCGCAUCGGUCCUCCUCGUUCCAGUCAAACGCAACCUACGGGUUUGGCACGCAGUAUUCGUACCCGCCACCACAGCCUCCACCUCCACAAUACGGUCGGAGCCCGCCCCUGUACCCAUCCUUCGGGGGAUCGCCCUAUGGGCAGGCGUACGGCGGGUCGAAUGUCGACGAAGGUCAAAACGGCACGUGGUGGUUCCUUCCGAACUCGUCUACGUCCUUCGAGCAGCCAUCGUUCCAAUCUCCGUUCUAUGGCCAACAUGGAGGUGGUGGGCAGCAGCAACAACAGCAACAGCCGUCACAACAGCAAGCGCAUCAGUCCCCGCAUGGUGCAUCCCAGCCUGGGCCGACCUCGGCCGCCGCUUCGUCUAGACGUCCGCAGGUACCGCCACCUUCGCACAGUCGGCUCGCCAGUUCUCAGGCGAGUACACAUGAAGGAGCUCUCUCGCCGACGUCGCCGUCACGCUCCUCCGCGAAUCUAGCUUCCUGGCGCGAAACUUCAGAAGUCGAUGCCAACUCGCCUCCCGUACGUCAAGUGUACCAUCCGAACCCGCCGGCGCAGCGCUCGGAAUGGGUUAUGUGGGCUGGCAACGUUCCCUCAGACGCGACCCACAACGAGCUAUGGCAGUUCUUCAACCAGCCCCCGCCGAGCGACCCGGGCCCCUCCAGCGCCGCCGCCCCUGUCUUCGCAGGUGUCUCAUCAAUCUUCCUAAUCUCCCGCUCGAACUGCGCUUUUGUCAAUUUUGAGAGUGCGGCUCAUCUCGAGGCGGCUGUUGCACGCUUCAAUGGGCAACCGCUGCGCCCGCUGGACCCCCGAUGUCCGCGCUUGGUUUGCCGCGUGCGGCGCCGAACCGACGAUCUCAAAGCCGGGGUCGGGGGACAACGCGGUAUGGGUAUGCACGCGCGUUGGGUUAAGGAGCAGCGUGCGCGGGGACGGCGCGAGGCGUCUGGCGCUUCGCCCGCUACGUCUCCCGAGGAGGAGGUGACAUCUCGGCACUCGGUGAUAUCUGCAUCGGAUGGAGAGAGCAAAUUCGAGGCAGGGUCGCCGCAUACGAACAGCUCGGGCUCGUUCGGUAGCUCCAACUCCAGCUUCUUGCGGAAGUACUUCCCCCAGCGAUACUUCAUCUUGAAAUCGCUUACACAGUACGAUCUCGAUCUCAGCGUACAGAAGGGAGUUUGGGCGACGCAACGCCAUAAUGAGGGUAUUCUCGAUCAGGCUUUCCGUACAAGUAAGGAAGUCUAUCUGAUUUUCGGCGUCAACAAGAGCGGCGAGUUCUAUGGCUACGCACGUAUGACCAGCGGCAUCCAGCACCAAGAUGAACAGGGAGACCGAAUACCCUGGGCUUCACAUCCGCAAGGGGCAUCUUCGCGCUCAGGAGACCCACCGCCGUCUUCCGCCUCGCGGACGCACAUCCUCUCGCCCAGCGACGGACGUUACGAAGAGUCGCCUCAACCCUUGUCGGCGGCACAGGACACGAAAUACCCUCUAUCAGCCGCUGGCCCAUCCUCAAUUCGCACCAGGCUAUCGGACCCCGCCACUCUAUCCGCGCCGCCCGAGAUUGGACGUCCUCAUCACCGCCUAUCCUAUGGUCCCACGCAUCCCGAGCUCAGCCUCAACGUUCCGGCUAUUCCGCCUGCGAUAUCUGUGCCGGCCACGAAAUUCGAGCUCGAUACAACAGCGCCUGCACGCGCCGUACGCUCCACUGCCCAGUCGCCCGAAAGUCAGUCCAGCGAGAAGGAUCGCGAGCUCACACCUGUCGCUGGGGAUGCGCUCAAGCCCGAGCGGCCUGAUCCUGUUCCACUCCAAUCGCGCGACCAUACGCCUGAAGACGCCGCGAGCGCCCCUGAAAACGCUGAUCCUGGCGAUUCCUGGGGUAGAUCGUUCAAGAUCGAGUGGAUCCGCACUGACCGCUUGCCUUUCAACCGUACACGGCACCUGCGUAACCCGUGGAACCACGGCCGUGAGGUGAAGGUCUCGCGGGACGGUACCGAACUCGAGCCAGGUGUCGGACACGCGCUGAUCGAAGAGUGGGAUCGACCGCCGCCCAGUUCACCUGCUAUCGGCGCUACACGGCCUGCAGCGCGGCGUGGCGGUCGUCCGGCUGCGCCUGCACCUGGUACGCCGUCAUAG